AUUUCAUACAGAAGUCUGACAGCUAUAUUUCUGUCUGGUUUGCCAAAUAAAAUUGCUGAAACAGCACAAUACAUUCUCCAAGUGAGAUAAAGUAAACUUUUAGCACCGUGUCACAAAUUUUCAGGAGAUCAUAAAUGUGACUCUAUGCACCGGCUGUCCCAGAAUCACCAAGGAAGUAAAAGCCAAAUGUAUAAAACCUUGCUUUGCUGCUCACAGGUCUAGGUAACUGAGUCACAAUUUUUCCUGCAGUUGUGUAUGGGUAUUAGGCUUGGUGCUUUCCAUGUUAAAGGAAGAAAAGCAACUGAGGGUGUUUGAGAACAUAAUCCUGAGGAGAAUAUUUGGACGUGGGUGUAAUGAAGUGAAAGGAGGUUGGAUAAAAUUCAAUAAGGAGGAGCUACAUAAUUUCUACUCUUUGCCAAAUAUUAUUACAUUGAUUAAAUCAAGGAUGAGAUGAGCAUGGCAUGUAGGGAAGUCCCCACAGAGCUCUGGUGGGAAAAUCUGUAGGAAGGAUGCCAUAAGAAGGACCAAGACUUAGAUGGGAGGAUAUUAAAGUGGAUCUUAAAGAGACAGGAUGGGAGGGCAUUGACUGGAUACAUUAUGGCAGGCUUGUGUCAACAUGGUACCAAUUCUUUAGUCUCCAAGAAAUGCAUGAAAUUUCUUGAGUAGCUGAGCAACUGCUGCCUUCUGAAGACUCAGCCCUGUGGAGUCAGUUUCUUGGUUUAUUUGUUAAAUGGUGAUUACCUGAUGACCCUGAACAGACUGGGGUACCAGAAGUGGUGCAGCUCUAGACUUGUAUUUGGGAGAUACUGCAUUUAAAUAUGAGCCACAUCAUCAGCCAUAUUGAAAUAUGUAUUUUGAUAAGAAAGGUGAUAUUUAAAAAUCAUAACAGUAAAAUAGAUAUUAAAUAUGUCAUAUUAUGCACCUUCUUUCACAGUAAUUUAACUCAUACUAGGAAAAAGAGUUUGUAUGGGAAUGUUAUUGAAAAUCCUGUUGUAUUUAUUGAAAUAAAAAGUUCAUCAAUAUAACUUCAGCCUUUUGGCAGACAGUUUAUCAUUUCAAGAAAAAUGGUUAUCACUGGAAUCCGAUAAUUUGAUUGCCUUGAUAAUUUUUGAUGUCAUGAAGUCAAGUGCCUAAUUCAAAGCUAGAUUUUAUCUUAUUCACAUUACAUAUAAGUAUCUGUUAAGUGUCUUUGCUUCUCAGACUAGCAAUAUGAAGCUUUUUCUUGCAGUUUUUUCCACACUCGUGCUUGGGUGUCUGGGGGCCCACAGUAAAAUACAGGGAGUCUUUGUAGAUCUGGCCCGAAAUUUGAAAAUUGUAAAUGGUGAGAAGGCUGAAGACGGAGAGUUCCCAUUUCAGGUGUCGUUACAGUAUGCUGGCAGACAUUAUUGUGGAGCUACGCUUCUGUCAACAGAGUACAUCCUUACAGCUGCUCACUGUAUCUUUGGGAACCUCGUUGGCGAUUACAGUGUCCGUGCAGGAUCCAAUGCUAACUAUGAAGGAGGUACUGUGCACAGAGUUGUCGAGUGGGCUUAUCAUGAGGACUAUAUAAAUGAAGCCUACUGGUACAAUGAUAUCGCUGUUCUAAAGGUGAACCCAAAUUUCACACUGACUGAAAAUCUGACACUUACUAAACUGCCUCCCGAUGGUGACGAACCUGAAGAUGGAGCUGCAAGCGUCGCUAUUGGUUGGGGGUCUACCUGUUAUGGAUGUGCUGGACAAACUAACCUGCAAAAGGUUAACUUGAGGAUCUUCUCACAUGAAGAUUGCCUGGAGGCCUAUGGUGAUGGACCCACAAGAGACAUGGUUUGCUCAGGUGUUCCGGAGGACACGAAAGGAGUCUGCAGUGGGGACUCUGGUGGUGCUCUUCUUGUUGACGGUGUCCAGAUUGGCAUAACCUCAUGGACAAGGAUCCCUUGUGCAGAAUACCCUGCUGUAUGGACCAAGGUUUCUCAUUAUCGUGAUUGGAUUGCAGAAAAGACAGGAGUAAUCAUUAAGCUUGCACUAAACAUAGGGUUACACAACAAUGUAAAAGCAGAUGACCGACAUGAUACAAGGAUCAUAGGUGGGGAAGAAGCCCCAUCAGAAUCUCAAGUGGUGCUUCUGCUGAACCCCAACACCACUGCACAAUGUACUGGCACACGAAUUUUUCCUCAGUGGUUUCUUACAGCUGCUAAUUGCAAUCCUAGUGGUACAAAAGAUUUCAUUGUGAUAUCAAGGAACAAUAAUAAUGGACAAUAUGAUAACCAUACUAUUACAAAAUGGAUUAAUCACAAUGAAUACAAUAAUAAUAAAUACUGGAACAAUAACAUUGCUCUAGUGAAGGUAGAACCAAUAAUUGAAGGCCCAUACACAGCUGUGCUUCCUAAUGCUGAUGUUGCAGACUAUACCAAUGAAACUGGCACUGUAUUUGGUUGGGGAGCAAAUUGUGGCUUUUGCAGCUGGAGUGAAACACUGAAGAAGAUUGACAACUUGAAAAUCUAUAGUCAUGAAGAGUGUGAAGCAAUUUAUGGAGAAGGACCAACAAACAGCACAAUCUGUGCAGGAAAUCCUGAUAAACUAGAGGGAAUAUGUGACGGUGACAAUGGUUCCCCACUCAUGGUGAAAAAUGUGAUUGUUGGAGUUACAUCUUGGAUGAGAUAUCCGUGUGCUUCAGUGCCAGCCGUUUUUACCAGCGUCUCACAUUAUAUAAAAUGGAUACAUUUAUCUGUUGCUAUUAUUCCAAUACUGUGAACUUUAAUAGAACAACCUGCGGUUAAUGUUAAC